CUGCUGGCCUGUCGCGAGCUGGAUGAUGCACUGGGACUGACGGAGACGGCGAGUGAGUGUCUGCAGGAGAGUCGGGGCGGUCGUAACGUGCAGCACCGAUUGGUGGGCCUUCUCAGGCAGUCGGUGUACAGUCGUCUGGCGGGCUACGAGGAUACCAACGACGCUGAACGGCUGGCCCAGGACCCGACGAUGCGGGUAGUCGUUGGACGGCGAGGUGGUCCUGAGAGACCGGCCGCCAGCACCAACACCAUGAGCCGGUUCGAGACCGAGGUGCUUACCCAAGACGGCAAUGUCGAAGGGUUGGGCCGAGUGAACGCUAAGUGGGUGGACCGGGCGAUGACGCACACAGCGCACCGGCGGGUGAUCUUGGACAUGGACAGUUCGGAGAGUCCGGUACAUGGAGGACAGGAGGGAGCGUCGUACAACGGACACUUUGGGAGCACGUGCUAUCACCCUUUGUUCGUGUUCAACCAGUUCGGUGACUGCGAGGGGGCGAUGCUCCGUGCGGGGAACGUACAUAGCGCGCACAGGUGGCGUGAUGUAUUGGAUCCGAUCCUGUCCCGCUACGGGGCGACAGGAGUGCGGCGGUACUUUCGUGCCGAUGCCGCAUUCGCCAAGCCGGACAUCUAUGAGUACCUCGAGGAGCGGCAUGUCCUUUACGCUAUAAGACUCCCCGGCAACGAGGUGCUGCAACGGGAGAUCGCCCCUCUGCUCAGGAGGCCGGUGGGGAGGCCGCCGAAGCGUCCAGUGAUCCUAUACGACGACUUUUGGUAUCGUGCCGGGAGUUGGGACCGCGCUCGGCGGGUGGUGGCCAAGGUGGAGUGGCAUAGGGGAGAGCUGUUCCCCGGCCGAGCAGUGGAUCAAGGAGGGAAGUACGCCCUGAACUGGACUCGGCUGUCGUGCCAUCGGUUCGUGGCCAACCGGGUGCGUCUGUCUCUGUUCGUCCUGGCGUACAACCUUGGGAACUUCCUUCGCCGGCUGUGUCUGCCCAAGGCGGUCAAGCACUGGUCGCUGCGGAGCGUGCAGGUCAAGCUGAUCAAGAUGGGAGGCCGUCUGGUGCGGCACGCCCGGUGGUUGAUCUUUCAGUUGUCCGAGGUGUCGGUUCCUCGACGGUUGUUCCAGGGAGUGUUGGAUCGUAUCGGCCGGUUAUCGCCGGCGCCAAGCUGA